AGUUCGAGGAAAGCUUUCAAAGGGGAGUUUUCUGGGAAGGAAAUCAUAUUUUUGUGGGUUUUUUUUAUAAUGAAGAAAACCAUCUGAAUUGCCUGAUGUUUCUGUGGUAAGGUAACUUGCAUUCUUGCAGCACAGGAGGAAUUCUUUCCUGCAUUACAAAUUUGGAAGAAAAAGUGAGAGUUGGAAAAUGGUUCUCUGAAAGAGGUGUGGAUGUAUCAGGAUGUAGCUACUGUACAAAGGUCAUACUUGGAUAAUUCUGGAUAGGAAAAAGCAUCCCUUUCCUGACCUCCUGAAGAGGCUGCAAUCCUUCGAGCCUCAGCAUAAUGAAUGGUUUCUAUCACGUGGCACUAAAGUUCCCUCCUCUGACUACUACGCUGCACAGAAGAGUUUGUAAGAGUUACAAAGAAAGUAAUUCCUGCUAAAGGCAUUAAACCAAACAAAAGAGGCUCUUCAUUCACAGACUUUAUAUGAGGACAAAAAUAGAAGGAAGCUGAAGCUUUUCUACACUGGGGCCUGGUGUGCUUAUGUACCAUGAUAAAUCUUGGUUGGAAUGCUCAUUGAGAAUCGUGCCAGGAGCCAGGAAACACACACCACCAACAAGGACCAUCUGAGUAAACACCAUCGAGAAAAAACUGCUUCAUGGAGUAAACUGUAAGAGUGACUGGGCAGAAAGACAUCCCUUUACUGGAUAUCCUCAAGCACAAAAUUUACUCAUACCUUUAAAUACGAUUGUUGAAGAUCAGAACUGUAUAGAAAUCUCAUCAUUCCUGACCAUGAUUAGUGUUACCUGGAGCAUCUUCCUAGUUUGGACUAAAAUAGGGCUGUUACUUGACAUGGCACCUUAUUCUGUUAGUGCCAAACCAUGCCCUUCAGUAUGUCGCUGUGAUAUGGGUUUCAUAUAUUGUAAUGAUCGCGAUUUGACGUCUAUUCCUACAGGAAUCCCAGAGGAUGCAACUACCCUCUUCCUUCAGAACAAUCAAAUAAAUAAUGCUGGGAUUCCUUCAGAACUGAAGAACUUGCUUAGGGUGGAAAGAAUAUAUUUAUACCGCAACAGCCUAGAUGAAUUCCCCACUAACCUCCCUAAGUACAUUAAGGAACUGCAUUUGCAGGAGAACAAUAUAAGGACCAUUACUUAUGAUUCACUUUCAAAAAUUCCUUAUCUGGAAGAACUGCAUUUGGAUGAUAAUUCUGUUUCUGCUGUUAGCAUCGAGGAUGGAGCUUUCCGGGACAACAUCUAUCUCAGACUUCUUUUUCUUUCCCGAAAUCACCUUAGCACCAUUCCCUGGGGUUUGCCUAAAACCAUAGAAGAGCUACGCUUGGAUGAUAAUCGUAUUUCCACAAUUUCUGAGCUGUCCCUUCAAGACCUUACAAAUCUAAAACGCCUUGUUUUAGAUGGAAAUCUUCUAAAUAACCAUGGAUUAGGAGACAAAGUCUUCAUGAAUCUAGUCAAUCUUACAGAAUUGUCAUUGGUUCGCAAUUCACUCACAGCUGCACCGGUGAAUUUGCCGGGAACAAACCUAAGAAAGCUUUAUCUCCAAGAAAACCACAUCAACCGUGUGCCACCCAACGCUUUCUCUUACUUACGGCAAUUGUAUCGACUAGAUAUGUCCAAUAAUAAUCUCAGCAAUUUACCUCAGGGUGUCUUUGAUGAUCUGGACAACAUCACUCAACUGUUCCUUCGCAACAACCCUUGGCACUGCGGGUGCAAAAUGAAAUGGGUACGUGACUGGUUACAGUCAUUGCCUUUGAAAGUAAAUGUACGUGGACUGAUGUGUCAGGCACCAGAAAAAGUACGUGGCAUGGCUAUCAAAGACCUCAGUGCAGAACUGUUUGACUGUAAGGAUGAUAGCGUGAUAAGCACCAUCCAAAUCACUACUGCAGUACCAAACACGUUAUACCCGGCCCAGGGACACUGGCCCAUUUCUGUGACCAAACAACCAGACAUCAAGACUCCCAACCUAAACAAAAACUACAGAACCACAGCAAGCCCGGUACGCAAAAUCAUUACAAUAUUUGUGAAAUCCGUAAGCACAGAGACUAUUCACAUCUCCUGGAAAGUUGCACUACCAAUGACUGCUUUGAGACUCAGCUGGCUCAAGAUGGGUCACAGCCCUGCCUUUGGAUCUAUAACUGAAACAAUAGUUACAGGUGACAGAAACGACUAUUUGCUCACGGCUCUUGAACCAGAGUCGCCAUACCGUGUGUGCAUGGUUCCCAUGGAAACCAGCAACAUCUAUCUCUCUGAUGAAACACCCGAAUGCAUUGAGACCGAGACGGCACCUCUUAAGAUGUACAACCCUACCACCACCCUCAAUCGGGAGCAGGAGAAAGAACCUUACAAAAACUCCAGCUUGCCCUUGGCCGCCAUCAUCGGCGGUGCGGUGGCGCUGGUGGCCAUAGGGCUGCUGGCCCUGGUCUGCUGGUACAUCCACAGAAACGGGUCCCUGUUCUCCCGGAACUGCACCUACAGCAAGGGACGCCGGAGAAAAGAUGACUAUGCCGAAGCGGGAACCAAGAAAGACAACUCCAUCCUGGAAAUCAGGGAGACUUCUUUCCAGAUGAUACCAAUAACCAGUGACCAAGUGUCCAAGGAGGAGUUUGUAAUACACACCAUUUUCCCACCUAACGGCAUGAAUCUGUACAAGAACAGCCACAGUGAAAGCAGUAGUAACAGGAGCUACAGAGACAGUGGUAUUCCAGAUUCAGAUCAUUCACACUCAUGAUACUGAGGGACAUGAAAGACUGGUUUGGGUUUUGUUGGGUUUUCUGGGUUUGUUUUGUUUUUUAAAGAAAACAAGAAAAGACUGACUUAACAGUUGCUGUUCUACUGCAAAACACUGGAUUAAAAGACUGACAAAGCAAUGUACUGUACAUUUGCCAUAUAAUUUAUAUUUAAGAACUUUUUAUUAAAAGUUUCAAAUUUCAGGCUACUGCUGCGAUUAAUGUAGUGGGGAUACCUGACCACAAUUCUAUAUUUUAGUAUUUUUUAGUAAUUUGUACUGUAUUUUCCUUGCUAAUAUUGAAGUUACAGACCAUUUAACUUUUGUGUUCUACUGAGUAAGAUGACUUGUUGACUGUGAAAGUGAAUUUUCUUGCCGUGUUGAGCAGUCAGAACAUUCAUCUGAGAUCCUUGUAAGUGUAAGCACAGACCAUUUUUCACUUUGGUAUCAAUAAAAUAAUGUUGAACCUGGCAAAUCAGGAAGAUCAAAAAGUGGUUACAAAAGCUCACAGAACUUCCAGUGUUGGGUCUAUUAAAUCUGUAAACCACAACAAUAUUCAAUAAACAAAAAUAUGUGUAGUAAUGGGCAAUAUCAGCUGUCUGGAUAUAUCCAUUCAACAGUGGUGAAAUCCAGUUUAAAUGAGAAUAAGCAAAUUGAUGACAUGCAUGAAACUGCAGCUUUUGGCAAGUGUUAAAAAAAAUCUAAUCCCUAGAGGAAAGCAUAAUCAAAUUCCUAACAAGGAAUUUAAAAAAAAAAAAGGAAGGAAAAAGUGGUAAGCUCUACAAACCAAGAGGGUAGAUACAGUUUAGGAAUAGAUUUUUGGUUAUCAAAAUCAGUGGUCUGUAUAUUACAGAGAGGCAUUUGGGAGACAAGGGCAGGAAGACAGAGACAACACUUUGAAACUGCUUGGAAGAGGAAAAGGGCUGAAAGUGCAGUUUCACAAGAAAAGAGAGAGGACAAAAUCCAAGGCAAUAAAAGCAAGGUCUCAAAAACUGUGGUCCCAAAGGUGAGCAGACAAAUGGGGAAUGCAUUCUGAAGCAUAUGCCAGUCUGUGUUCAGUAUACUGCUGUUACAGUCAGGAAUACUGCCCAUUACUGUCACAGUUAUCCAGAAAUUCCUUGGUAAAUCUGUAAGGUAACAUGUUUCUUUCUGCCUUCCUGCUGAACUAUGAGCUAUUUCAUGUUUAAACACCAAGCCACUCUUUGUUGCAAUAAUCAUUCUGUUUCUUCAACUAAAAACCAAAGUGCUUUGUACGCCCUUUGGCCAGUCUUGUGUGUGCCUUGAUCCAACGCUACAUGUAUCAAGCUUUUAAAAACUAAGAAAAAAGGAAAUAAUAAAAUACCCACUUUUUCAUACAUAACUUAACUAUGAAAAAUACUGGUCUUAUUCAUGAAUGAAGUUGAAAAACUACUUCAAAAUUAUGUUGCACCUCUGCAGUGCAC